AUGAACUGCCCGUCGCGCACUGAACAUGACCCAAUCCACCCUGACUGGAAUCAGAACCCUCCAUUCUUAUCCCCCGACCUCACAGCCCGCGAGGACCUUAAUGGCCGCGUGAAUACUACGCAAAUUCGAGAAGCGUCCUCUCAUUUCUCCGCCCUUGGUCUCGCAGUUGGCGGCAAUGAAGGGCUUGAAAAGGGUCUUGACGUCCCCCCCGCCCUCAAGGCCACCCGACCUCUUGCAGACGCAAAAUUCCGUCGUGGUUACUACGAAGUUAUUCUGUCGACUUUUGAAAAACGACCAAAACCAACAAAGCGGCCGAUGGUAAAGCGAGCAGUCGCUUGCGAAACCGGAAGCGCCAAACCAAAUUACAGUGUCAGUCUCCAUGUCGGGGCAAUCGCGAUUAUUCUAUUUGUUUCCUUCACGGCAUGUGCGUUUCCUAUGCUCGUGGUCAGAUUCCCUCGUUUACGGAUUCCGCCGGCUUUUCUCUUCUUUGUGAGACACUUUGGUACCGGCGUUUUGGUUGCAACGGCAUUUGUUCACCUCUUGCCAACGGCUUUUCUUUCACUCGGAAACCCCUGCCUCUCGCAAUUUUGGACCGAAGAUUAUCCUGCAAUGCCUGGAGCCAUUGCUCUUGGUGCUGUUUUCCUUGUGGCCUCGGUAGAGAUGAUUUUUAGUCCUGCUCGACAUAUCUGCGGCGGUUCCAGGGAGGUAACCGACUUGAUAUGCAACCAGGGCUCACGGCCUGCUGGACAGGACAAGCUGGAACUGGAUGCGAGUGUUGUGGAAGCCCUUGGGAGCGCGAAUCGGUCCAAUUCCGUUUCAAAUCUUACCGCUCAUGAUCAUAUACAAACCGAGCCACGGCCCGAUCAAUCCAGGAAUGGUGCUCGUGAUUUACCUAAAAGAAGCCCAACUGGUGAUAGGCCCGAAAUCGUGACGAGCGACGGUGCAAUCCGCCGCAACAUCGACGAAAUCAGGGCAAGCGAAGAUUUUGCCCCUAUACAUCUGACCCCUGAGCAGAGGGUCCAAAAAGCAUUUAUGCAAUGUGUUCUAUUGGAGGUCGGCAUUUUAUUCCACAGCGUUUUCAUUGGCAUGGCAUUAAGCGUGUCUGUCGGAAACGAGUUUGUCAUUUUGCUUGUUGCAAUUACUUUCCAUCAAUCAUUUGAAGGCUUGGCUCUUGGUGCGAGGAUUGCAUCCCUGUCAUGGACCUCAGACGCACUCCAACCUUGGCUCAUGGCACUUGCAUACGGUUGCACAACCCCCCUUGGCCAAGCAAUCGGUUUGGCCACACAUUCCUUGUAUGAUCCUGACUCUGAGAUUGGCCUCAUCAUGGUCGGCACCAUGAAUGCAAUCUCAUCAGGCCUCCUUGUUUACGCUUCUCUUGUGGAGCUCUUGUCGGAAGAUUUCCUCAGCGAUGAAAGCUGGCGAACGCUGAGAGGCAAACAGCGAGUUUACGCGUGCCUUUUGGUCUUCUUUGGCGCUUUUGGCAUGAGUCUGGUUGGAGCAUGGGCUUAA